AUGACUCCUGAAAGAAUCGAGAAGAGCAGACAUAUUUUGGAGAAGUUGUUUCUUCCUAUCUUACUACUGCGCGCAUCCAAAAAACGUGACGAGCGUCUCACUCAAAAACUGUCCAAACGUUCAUCACCUCCAGAUGAAAAUAUCCUACGUCAGACUUGGCUCUUUUCCAACUGGCCCACAGUCGCUUUGAAGAAUGUGUUUGAACGCUCUACGUUAAAAGCCUUUUCGGAUGGCAGGGUAGUGGGACUGGAAGGAGAACCCCGUAAGCACCUAUCAGUUUUUUAUGUAGUUUCUGGGAGGGUUAGCCAUAUUCCGACAAAAAAAGAAAUGAGGGCACUUGCUCUGUACGUUCCGGAGGUAAAUGAGUCUAAAUAUCACAAAGCGGACCCCUUGAGAUGGUUUCGCUUUAGAGACUUCGAACAGGAUGAGACAGCGGGGGCGUCGGUUAGUAUUUCUCGUGACCUUCUGCUUGGAAAUCUUCAUAUUUACAGGCCAGGACAAUUAGUUGAUGUAGAGCUUCUUCUUCUAGGUGCACCCGGACGACCACGUUCUCUGCGGUGUCGAUCUGAAUCAGUUUUACUCGAUAUACCACUUGAUGCGAUUCUAACACAGUUCGCUUCCCUAAAGCCACACACACGUCAAGUUGCCCUAGAUAAGGCUCGUUCGACAGGCUGCUCUAAUCUGGCUAAGGGUAACGAAAAACCAUCUUUCAAAGACAUUAUGUACUAUAACCCUGUUCUACAAGGUUUAUCUACUGGAAAUGUAGAAGGAGCAUGGAUGAAAUUACGACCUUAUUUGUUUUGCAAAGGCGAAAUUAUUUGCACCGAUGUAUAUAACUCGAACAUGGUUUACUUUCUCAAGAGCGGCCAAGUUAGCAUCACGUCAUCCAAUUCAAAGGAGACCAAAGUUAUCGAUCAGUGUGCUUCUCACGUUGGGUUAGAUAGCUUCAUGGUGCAUACUGUACCUUCUUGCAUCGGCGAUCAUCACAUGGCUGUAGCGCGUUGCUUUUGCAUUUUAUGGGGAAUUAAUAUUAGUGAUCUAAAUGAUCUUUGCUGCCCAUCUGGUCUCUUGAAUUGCGCUCUGUUAGCGUCGAAAAUGGUUAAGCAUAAGUGGAGCCGUCUUGACAUUACUGGCUGUCUUAGAAAGUUGGUUGCCUUUGCUCCUCUUUCAAACGACUGCUUGGACGGCAUAGCAAAGGAUUUAGAGGCUCGUGUAUACCCACCUGGUAGACGCGUUGUGUCUGGGGGAGUACUGAAAGGGGGUAUUAUUGUUCUUGUUGGAAAAUGCGCAUUUGGCAAGAUAAGUGAGAAUGCAAGACACGUCUCGUGUGGUGAACCUCUAUAUUUUUGUGAGUCUUUACUGAACAUGACCGCACCAAAACUUAUUCUUGCCGAAACGAGUGUCAUGGUGUUGCACUGCCCACCUAAGGUUAUUUUAGACGCCGUACAAGCCUUCGACAAUGCAUCAGAUAUUACAAAUGUCUUAAAACUAGCGAAUGAAUAUGUUGUAGGGAAAUAUAACCUUGACAUCUCGAAAACCGGCAUAGCACGACAACGCGCCGCACAGCGUGUAUGGGAGACUAAGAAAAAAGAGCAUAUGCUAGCUGCUAUCAACAGGAAGGAUCAUAUGGCCAAAAUUCAAUCUAAGGAAGAUGACAAUUUCUUAGGAGCAGCUAUAAUAGAAAACAACAUCCUUACAAAUCUUACUUUACAGCUUCAAUCUCUUCACUACAAUGAGGAGGAAGCGCAGCGUUAUCAUUUUCUUCACGAGGCACCAGUUUUCCACAGCACGCAACACGUUGUUCAGCCGACCUCAACUUACCGGAACGAUGAUUACUUUACAAUCGAUAACAGUGGCAAAAUCGUGUUUUGCGAAAAGAAGAAAAAAUCGAAAACAACACUGCAUUUGGAGCCAAUAAAUGGAAUAAAUGUAAAUCCAAUAAAUAAAUGUAAAAAAGUCUUGAAUGACGAAACGGUUAAACUUCCCCAUGUAAACAAGACCAUAGACAACACUUUUCCGAUUGAAUUGGAGCGUAGGCCUGUGCGCACAAGUGUGAUUAGGACAAUCAAUUCACCUGUUCCAUUUCUGAGCAAGUCACUUAUUGAUGCUGAUGCACAGCCUCUUAAAGAAUCGCUUCAAGUUGAGUCUCCACGAAAGACUACAACUCAGUUGAAAAGUGAAAACGGGGACCUCAACAUGAAAAUUGAGACUAGCUGGCUUAUUAACUAA